GGUCGAUCAUCACCCAAUUUAUAAAAUGAUAUAACCGAUUUCUUAAAUUCUAGUGUACUCCAAAUCACAUGAGUUUAAUCUGACGGCUAUAAACGUAAGCACACCAGUGUACAGUAAUUGAAAGGAAUAAACAUGUUCUCCUCCUAAGACAUUGCUUCUCAUUUUCAUUUUGAUGUCAAAAAAUAGCCGAAGGUAGUCCUCUUGACUCCGUCGAUUGAGAUCUGUGAUACCCAUCUGCUCAACCAGGAUGUGGAUGGGACUAUGGCAGGUGGGAAGGCUAGCGACAAGAACUAUAUCUCAGGUCGAAAGGAAGGGGAGAUAUCAGAGCAUUACACGAAGGUUUUACUCUGAUGAUAGCUUACUGAAGAAGACAGCUCUCUAUGAUCUUCAUGUUGAAAAUGGGGGCAAAAUGGUGCCCUUUGCAGGGUGGAGCAUGCCUCUCCAAUAUAAGGACUCAAUAAUGGACUCCACUGUUAACUGUAGAAGUCAUGGGAGCCUUUUUGAUGUGUCUCAUAUGUGUGGAUUGAGUUUGAAAGGGAAGGAUUCCAUUCCUUUCCUUGAGAAGCUGGUGGUUGCAGAUGUAGCUGGGCUGCCUCCUUCAACUGGAACUCUUACUGUUUUCACCAAUGAGAAAGGAGGAGCUAUAGAUGAUUCAAUCGUAACCAAAGUCAACGAUCAUCAUGUCUAUAUUGUGGUAAAUGCAGGAUGCAGAGAUAAGGAUCUAGCACAUAUUGAGUCUCACAUGAAGAUUUUCAAGGCACAUGGUGGUGAUGUUAAUUGGCACAUACAUGAUGAGAGAUCUCUUUUAGCUCUCCAGGGCCCUCUCUCUGCAUCAACGCUUCAAAAGCUGACCAAGGAAGAUUUGAGCAAAAUGUACUUCAGUGACUUCCGAAUGAUUGAUAUUAAUGGAACCCCAUGCUAUCUUACGAGGACAGGGUAUACAGGAGAAGAUGGGUUUGAAAUUUCAGUUCCUUCAGAGCAUGCAGUUGAUCUUGCAAAGGCCAUCUUGGAGAAAUCAGAAGACAAAGUCAAGUUGACAGGUUUAGGUGCUCGUGAUAGUUUGAGGCUUGAAGCUGGUCUUUGCCUGUAUGGAAAUGACAUGGAUCAGGACACAACGCCAGUAGAGGCUGGUAUUGCAUGGACAAUUGGUAAGAGAAGAAGAGCAGAAGGUGGAUUUCUUGGUGCUGAGGUUAUAUUAAAACAGCUAGCAGAAGGUCCUUCAAGGCGUAGGGUUGGCAUGUUUUCAGUUGGUCCACCUCCAAGAAGUCAUAGUGAGAUUACUGAUGCCUCAGGAAAAACUAUUGGAGAGGUCACAAGUGGGGGAUUCAGCCCUUGCUUGAAGAAAAACAUAUCAAUGGGGUAUGUAGCAUCAGGUAACCAUAAAAAUGGGACGGAGCUGAAAGUCGUGGUCCGUGGGAAAACAUACGAGGCAUCUGUGACUAAAAUGCCAUUUGUGCUUGCCAAGUAUUACAAACCUUCUUAAGACUAUGCAUUUUGACUGCAGCUACUGCAUUUUGACUGCAGCUACUACAUUUUGGCCAAAGGCAUCCAUGGGUUCUAUGUGUUUUUUGUUGGGAUUACAACUUUGAACCGUUGAUAAAUUGUCAUUUAGUUUUCAAAUGCUGGGCACUGCUUUUUCUCUGAAUUUGUGAACAACAAAGAAAUGGAACUCUCUCUUGUAGUGUGCUGAGGCAACAUUUCUUUGCAGCUUGUAGAUGAAUUUCACUAAUGUUAGUGUACCACAUAUUUAUACAUGCAGAGAUGUUUUUUUCAA